AUGAAGCUCAGCUACUUUUCCCUUCUGGCGCUCUUGCCCAUCGCCCUCGCGGCUCCAGCUCCAGCUCCUGAGGUCAUCGGAGCGAUCGACCUCGGCGAUUUGGAUAGCCUCCCCGAGCCAACUCAGGUCCCCGUCGAGGUGAUCUCGACCUCGGUCGAUCUGUCUGCAGUAGCGACUUCGCUCGCAGCCGCACGGAGCGCCGCGGACGGCAGUGUGCCCACCGUGAUCGCGCUUCACAGACGCCAGACGUCGUGCAAGCCUUUCUCAGCGUACGCUUCUGUGGAUCCCAAUGUGCCAGCUUCCAUGGCGGGCUUUCAAGCCUACCAGCCCUGGACUACUCCUGCGAACGGACUGGGUUCCUACGGUCUUCCUAUUUACCAGGGUGUGAAUUCCGUCGGACCCAAGAAUGGCUUGCUCAGUGUCAACGCCUACCGCACUUACGAUCCUAGUGUGUGCCAGGCCAUGUGCGACAGUCUGACCAGCUGCCAGUCGUUCGCGAUCUGGCUCGAGCGUGUACCACAGUUCAAGUACGACGCUGCGACGUGUCCGAACCCUCCGCCCGAUGCGGCCUACCAAACCAAGUGCAUGUACUACUCGUACACACUCCAGGCGAGCGAAGCUACCAACCCGGGGCAGUGGACGAACAACCGCACGUUUUGGGUUUCUCAGACCUCGGUCAAAUUUUUCAACAAGAACGGCUUUGUGCCUAAGUCUGUCACCGAUUUUGCAGCUCCCGUGGGCGGCUACGGCACAUGCGCCCCAGUGGGGCUCUCGGAGGAUGGUGCCAAUGUAACCACCGCCACUGGCCUGUACCACGCUGAUGUUCUGGCCCUGAAGGCUGGUCCGAUGACCACGGCUAUCGAUCCGGACUUCUGCGCAUCAACUUGCAGGUCGAUCACCUCUGGAAAUCAGACUGAUGCCAACUCGGGGAUCAAGCUCAACUGCAACAUGUUCAGUUUGUUCCUUCUUCGCAAGGACGGCAAGGAAGCCUGGCAGUGCCAGUACUGGACCAAGGACCUGCCUGCCAGCAGGAACUCUAAUUGCGGUUCUGGCAGCGUGAUCGCCAGCUGGAAGUACGUCAAUGGGGACACGAACGCCGUGCCGUAUGUGAACACCAAGCCUUUCGUGCCUACAACGCCUACCCCGUCGUCCACGUCUUCCACGUCUUCCGCGUCUACCACCCCUACCACAUCCACCACAUCUACCACGUUUCCCAUCCCUACCACGCCGACUACGACGACCACAUCUAGCACGUCUAGCACAUCUUCCACGUCUGCCACGUCCGCGACUUCUAGCACUUCUACCACCUCAACUGCUUCUACCGUGUCUGCCACCAUUACCACGUCGUCCGCGUUUUCCACUUCUUCCACGCCUUCCGCGUCUACCACAUCUACCAUCCCUACCACGCCGGCUACGCCGACGACGUCUUCCACGUUUUCCACGUCUUCCACGUCUUCCACGUCUUCCACGUCUGCCACGUCUGCCACUUCUACCACAUCUACCACGUCUUCCACGUCUUCCGCGUCUACCACCCCUACCACAUCUAUCACAUCUACCACUUCUACCGCAUCUACCGCAUCUGCCGUCCCUACCACGCCGACUACGCCGACCGCGUCGAGCACGUCUAGCACGUCAACCACAUCUUCCGCGUCUUCCACGUCCGCCACAUCUACCGCAUUUACUGCUUCUACCACAUCUACCACGUCUACCACGUCUACCACAUCUACCACGUCUACCGCGUCUACCGCGUCUACCACGCCAACUACAUCUACUAAGCCGACCACGUCUAGCCAGUCAACCACGUCUACCACACCGAUCACGUCUACCACGCCUGCCGUUCUCUCCCAAUGCACUGGCAGUAGCAGCGCCACGUUCGGCAUUCGAUGCUAUGAAGACUUCAACAACGUCGAAGGACGCGCCGAUUUUGCCAGCUCAGCAAGUGGCAAGGUGCAAGUGUACGACUCGAAGCACUAUCUUGUGUAUACGAACAAGCUGGCAGGGUUUGUGAGUGGGAGCGCGGGCCAGGCGUACAUCCACAACACACAGUACAAGCAGUUCGACGCGACGGAUCUCGUCGGGACCGACGGCACGUUCGGCACGUGCUACAUGAAGAACUCGGCGUCGUGCACCUGGUCUGCCAGUGGGUUCGUGUUUGAUCUCGAGUCGAUCGACGUCGCGACGUGGUUCGGGACCGGACACCUGCUUCCUGGUGACGGAUUGAGGCUGUACGGGAUGCGCGGCGGCAAGGUUGUGACUCAGACGAGUUCUGCGCCCUUUGUCCCCGCCACUGUGAGUGUGGCUCAGUCUUUCACGCAUGUCACAGGCCUCCUCGAGCUUGGCUUUAGGAACAUCGACGAGAUCAUGGUCGUUCCUUCUUACCUGUCCUAUCUCGGUUCCUGGGACUACGCCGUGUUUGACAACCUCGUCCUCACGCGCUACGCCGUGCCUAAGAAGCGUCGUAACCCACAAACCAUCGACGGGCCUGCUCAAGCUGUCUCUUCCCGCGACGAGAGUGACGACUCAGCACAAAUCCCCUCUUACCUGUGGGAGCAUGCCGCGUCCAACUCUACCACAAACAUCUCCACUACUUAG